AUGGAGGAAAUAAAUUUCACUACCACGGCAGAAACAUGGACUCAAUGCCGGCCAUCAGAGAGGCCCCAUAACCUGCUAAUGGCAAACUAUGACAUCCCUUUGGAUUAUGAGAUUUCUCCGGAUGAGAUCCCGGACACGACUCAGGACACAGCCUUCUUCGUAGCUACAAUAAUCAUCGCUGUGGUUCUGGUCUGCAUCAUGCUUGUGUGCGGAAUUGGGAACUGUUUCUUCAUUGCUACGCUAGCGCGUCACAAAAAACUACGCAACGUCACCAACCUGCUCAUCGCUAACUUAGCGGUGUCAGAUGUCCUGGUGGCUGUCGUGUGCUGCCCAUUCCUGGUGGAUUACUAUGUGGUGAAGCAGCUCUCGUGGGAUCAUGGGAUUGUCCUGUGUGUCUCCAUCAACUACCUGAGGACCGUGUCUCUCUAUGUGUCCACUAAUGUUCUGCUUGCCAUCGCUGUGGACAGGUACAUGGCCAUUGUGCACCCUCUGAAACCCCGAAUGAAGUACCACACGGCCUAUUGGCUCAUAUUCGGCGUCUGGAUCGUCCCCAUCCUCAUCUCUGUUCCGUCUGCUUACUUUGCUACGGAGCACGAGUACCCCACUACUGUUGCCAGUGCCACCUCUAUUGCUUCACCCCGCAACAAGAUCUUCUGUGCCCAGAUCUGGUCGGCGGAGCAGCGGCUGUUCUACCGCUCCUACUUCCUGUUUGUUCUGUUCGUGGAGUUCCUGGGGCCUGUGGUGGUCAUGGCAACGUGCUAUGCCCACAUAUCGCGUGAGCUGUGGUUCAAGGGCGUGCCGGGCUUCCCGACGGUGCAGCUGGCACGGCGCCUGCGCCGGCGCCGCCGCACGGUGUUGGCGCUGUUGGCGGCUCUGGUGGCGUACGUGCUGUGCUGGGCGCCGUACUACGGCUUCGCCCUGCUGCGCGACUUCUACCCGGCACUCAUCACACGCCAGCGGCACUCGCUGGUCGCCUUUUACAUCGUCGAGUGUGUCGCCAUGAGCAACGGGGUCAUCAACACGCUGUGCUUCGUGGGUGCGAAGAGUGGGGCAAGCAGGUGUCUCCGGUGGACGAGGCUCAGCGGGUGGCGCCACGUCAACAGGCCGACGGUAGAGGUGAGAGCCUGUCCUGCCACAGCCGGGAAGGCAGAGGAGGGAGAUAUCAGGACUUCCUCACUCAGAGUGACAGAACUUGAGUGUACACGGAUACGAUGA